AUGAUUUCAAGGAGCGCAGAACAAAUGAUUGAGACUAUCUAUAUUGGUCUUUAAGAAUUCUCUUAAUAAUAUUUUGAUGGUCCUUCCAAAAAGGUUUAAUUGGAAAUGAAGACAUUAAAGUAUGAGUUGAUUAAUUCAAUAAAGGAUGAAUAAAUUAAUACAUUUGCCUUCAAUUAUAAUAACACUCUGAUGGUAGGAGGAUAUGAGUCGAGCAAAAUAAAGGUCUUUGAAUUUAAGAAGGGAUAAUUAAAGAGGAUUUAAAAGCUGAAUUUUCACAAGAAAAGCAUAUAUUGUCAAUAUUUUAUGAAAAAAUCAAAUGAAUUUUUAUCAGGCAGUUGUGACAAAACAAUUUCUGUUUGCUAUUUAAACGAUGAUUAAAAAUGGGAUAUUAAAUAAAGGUUAGAAGGGCAUUAAGGAGGAAUUAAUUGCUUAUUGAUGAAUAAAAAUGAAGAUCUAUUAAUAUCUAGCAGUGAUGAUAUGCUUAUAAAAUUUUGGGUUAAGGAUUAUGAUUUAUGGGAAUGUUCUUAAACAAUAGGAGGACAUUCUAGUUUUGUCAGUAGUAUAAGUUUAAAUGAAGCAGAAAAUUAAUUAGCCUCUUGUUCUAAAGACAAUUAGAUAUUGAUCCAUUCAUACGAUAACGAUGCAAAAAUUUGGAUUCCGUUUUAAAUAAUACAGAUUAACUAAUGGGGCAGAAGGCUAUGUUUCUUGAGUGACUAAAUCUUUGUAUUUCAACCUGAAAUGAGGGAAUAAAUGCAUAUUUAUUAGUUGGAUAAAGAGAAUAAUAAUUUUGCAAAAUCUAAAGAAGUCUUGGUUGGAGUAGGAAGUGAAAGGAAAAAAAAUAGGGGUUGUUUUUGGUUCUUCCCUAUACAGUAUAUCUAACAAAAAUAGAUAUUAAUAAAUAAAAAUCGAUGUUGUGUUAAUGUAAUCUAGAUAGAUUAAAAUGAUGAGUUUGCAACUAUAUAAUCUAUAGAUUUCUAAACUAAAGUGAUAUUUGGGAAGAUGACAGAUAAUGGAGAAUACUUAAUAACUUGGGAUGAUAGAUCAUGUUCUAUUUAAAUACGAUAAUAUUUGGAUUGA